AUGUAUCAACCCGCUACACUAACUGGCAGUGAGGGGGGUGUGUUUGGUGAUGCAGAUGCAGAUGUAGUGAAGUCAGUGUCAGUGAUGGAGGGAGAUUCUGUUACUCUACACGUUAAUACUGUUGACAUACAGAGAGAUGAUCUGAUAAUGUGCGGGUAUCAGAGCUCUCUAAAAACUUUCCUAGUUAGAAUCAACAGAGAAGCCAAUACAGUCUCAGUAAAUGCUGAUGUUCAUGAUGGGAUGUUCAGAGACAGACUGCAAGUGGAUGUUCAGACUGGAUCUCUCACCAUCACAAACAUCACAACUCAACACUCUGGACUUUAUCAACUAAUCAUCAGCGGCAAGGAGAAGAACUUUAAUGGAUUUAAGGUUACUGUCUACGCUCGUCUGCCUGUCCCUGUCAUUAGCAGAGAAUACACACAACCCUCUCAAUCAUCAGAAAGUGUGUUGUUGUGUUCAGUGAUGAAUGUGACACAUGUGAGUCUCUCCUGGUACAAAGGAAAGAGUUUAUUGUCCAGCAUCAGUGUGUCUGAUCUCAACAUCAGACUCUCUCUACCUCUGGAGGUGGAAUAUCACGAUACAAACACAUACAUCUGUGUCAUCAAAAAUCCCAUCACUAACCAGACUACACAUCUAGACAUCGAACAUGUCUAUCACAAGUGUUCAGAUUGUGGAUGCUGUUGUAAUGGUCCUGAACCUGUGAUCCGAUUGGUCAUCUCUGCUGUGGUGGGCGUGGCUACUGUCGCAGUUCUGGUGUAUGACAUCAGAUCUAGAAAAGUUCAGACUUCAGCAUCAGAUCUUCACUGAUAAUAUUGUUCACAGUCACAUCUACUGUAGCUUACACGUGUGUCUUUGAGUCUGUACAUGAGCAACAUUUAACACUUUUAAAUGACAAACUUUAGCUUUUGAUUUAACU